UGGCUGAAUGCUAUGCCCACCUCAAAUAAGCUCGCACUAGUUUCCCGCGAUUUUCGUUUGGCGGCUUGCUUGAGAUUGGGGUUAGCCAUGCCCUUCGAUGGCUGUAUUCGUCAGUGUGACUGUGGUUCUUUUCUGGACAGUUGUGGAUACCAUCUCCUAACAUGUAAGUGGGGCGGUGGUCCAGUCUGGACCCAUGAGUGUAUUGCCAAUGUAUGGUCAGACUGUCUGCGCAGCUUACAAAUGCACCAUCACAGAGAGCCACGUCAUCGAUACAUUACAUCUGACAACCGCCCUGACAUAACAGUUUUCGAUGUUGGAUCAGGGUCCAACACAGAUUUAGACAUUUCGCUAGCACAUCCCUGGAGCAGUGAAGUAAUUUCAGCAUCAGCAUCUACGGAAGGUGCUGCAGCAUCCAGGAGAGAGCAGAAGAAAACGGAAAAAUAUAGCAGAGAACGACUUCUUGGUAAGGAAACAGUGACAGCAGUCCCACUAGUCUUGGAACAUUUUGGUCGAUGGGGACAACAAGCAGAAAUGUACCUACAGCAUUUGUCAAGUAGAUCAACGGAUGCCUAUGGAACAACAAAUGCCUCCUCAUUCAAGACACAUUGGAGGGAGCGCAUGUCCAUUCAGCUACAAAAAGCCAAUGCUCGAGUCAUCUACAGGAAAGUGGAGAGACUUUUAGAUGAUGCUAGUUAAUUUGUGUUUUUCCAAGGCCAU